AUGGGAGCGAGCGCAGUGUUAGGAACACGUCACUGUAGUAAAGUGCAGUCGCCGGUGUCCUGUGCCUCCUCCGUCUCCGGUGCGGACAUUCAAUGCUUUAAUCUCUGGAGCAGGACACGAUCUUUGAGCGGAAAUACAAAGAGCUUCAACAUGACAACCUACCAGGAGUUUAUCCAACAAAACGAGGACAGGGAUGGGGUAAGGUUCAGCUGGAACCUCUGGCCGUCCAGCCGCCUCGAAGCCACACGGCUGGUGGUUCCCGUGUCCUGCCUCUUCACUCCGCUCAAAGAGAGAACAGACCUUCCCCCUGUCCAGUACGAACCAGUGCUCUGCACCCGGGCAAACUGUAAAGCUGUGCUGAAUCCAUUAUGUCAAGUCGACUUCAGAGCAAAAAUAUGGGCUUGCAACUUCUGUUUUCAAAGAAAUCCUUUUCCUCCGUCUUACGCUGGCAUUUCAGAAGUGAACCAGCCAGCUGAACUCAUGCCACAGUUCUCUACCAUCGAGUACAUAGUGCAGCGUGGUCCUCCAGCUCCCUUGAUCUUUCUGUACGUAGUGGACACAUGCUUGGAGGAAGAGGAUCUCCAAGCUCUCAAAGAGUCUCUCCAGAUGUCACUCAGCCUGCUGCCCCCCAAUGCUCUGGUCGGCCUCAUCACAUUCGGCCGCAUGGUCCAGGUUCAUGAGCUCAGCUGUGAGGGAAUCGCUAAAAGUUAUGUUUUCAGAGGCACAAAAGACCUCACCUCCAAACAGAUUCAGGAGAUGCUUGGUUUAGGGAAGCCGACUGCCCAAGGACAGCAGGGGCGUCCUAUGGCUCCUCAGGAUGCUGCUUCUACCUGCAGGUUCCUGCAGCCUGUACAUCGUGUGGAUAUGAACCUGACAGACCUGCUGGGUGAACUGCAGAGAGACCCCUGGCCGGUUCCUCAGGGAAAACGGCCUCUGCGCUCCACUGGGGUCGCACUGUCUGUGGCAGUUGGUUUGCUUGAGGGCGCCUAUCCCAACACUGGAGCUCGUGUGAUGCUGUUUAUUGGAGGGCCGCCAACCCAAGGCCCUGGCAUGGUGGUGGGGGAUGAACUCAAAACUCCAAUCCGCUCAUGGCACGACAUCCAGAAGGACAAUGCCCGACAUCUCAAAAAAGCAACUAAGUAUCACGAAGCCUUGGCCAAUCGUUCAGCAGUAAAUGGCCAUUGUAUCGAUAUCUACGCAUGUGCCCUGGACCAAACCGGGUUGUUGGAGAUGAAAUGCCUGUCUAAUCUAACCGGGGGUUAUAUCGUGAUGGGAGACUCUUUCAACACGUCACUUUUCAAACAGACUUUCCAGAGAGUUUUCAGUAAGGAUUUUAAUGGAGAUUUUCGUAUGGCUUUCGGCGGUGUCCUGGAAGUCAAAACCUCCAGGGAGCUGAAAGUGUGUGGCGCUAUUGGGCCUUGUGUUUCACUCAACGCUAAAGGCCCCUGUGUCUCCGAGAAUGAAAUGGGCAUUGGAGGCACAACCCAGUGGAAGGUAUGCAGCCUUAACCCGUCUUCUACUUUGGGGCUUUACUUUGAAGUGGUUAAUCAGCACAAUGCACCCAUCCCCCAGGGAGGACGUGGAGCUAUCCAGUUUGUAACUCAGUAUCAACAUUCUAACACUCAGAGGAGGAUACGUGUCACUACCAUCGCUAGAAACUGGGCCGACGCACAGUCUCAGAUUCAACACAUUGAGUCGUCAUUUGACCAGGAGGCGGCUGCGGUGCUCAUGGCCCGACUGGGAGUGUUCCGAGCCGAGUCUGAGGAGGGGCCAGAUGUCCUGCGCUGGCUCGACAGGCAGCUCAUCCGGCUGUGUCAAAAAUUUGGCCAGUUCAACAAAGAAGAUCCUACCUCGUUUAGACUCUCCGAGUCAUUGUCCCUGUACCCACAGUUCAUGUUCCACUUGCGGCGGUCGCCCUUCCUGCAGGUCUUCAACAACAGUCCAGAUGAGUCGUCUUACUACAGACACCACUUUGUCAGACAAGACCUGACCCAGUCACUCAUCAUGAUACAGCCCAUUCUCUACUCCUACUCUUUCUAUGGUCCUCCAGAGCCUGUGCUCCUGGACAGCAGCAGUAUCCUCCCAGACAGAAUCCUUCUCAUGGACACUUUCUUCCAGCUGGUCAUCUACCAUGGGGAGACUAUUGCUCAGUGGAGAAAAGCUGGAUACCAGGAAAUGGCAGAGUAUGAGAACUUCAAGCAGCUGCUACAGGCUCCUCUGGACGAUGCUCAGGAGAUUCUACAAACACGUUUCCCGAUGCCGCGUUACGUGGACACAGAACACGGGGGCUCGCAGGCGCGCUUCCUGCUGUCUAAAGUCAACCCCUCUCAGACCCACAACAACCUCUACACCUGGGGACAGGAGACGGGAGCCCCCAUCCUCACGGACGAUGUGAGCCUGCAGGUGUUUAUGGACCAUUUGAAGAAACUGGCAGUAUCCAGCGCGGCGUAA